AUGCUUAGAGAUUCAAAUGUUGUCCCAAAUGUUGUUGUGUACAAUUCUUUGAUUAACGGACUUUGCAAUUCAGGCCGGUUCAAGGAGGAAAACAGAUUCCUCCAAGAGAUGGCUAAUAGAGGUAUCUCGGCAGAUGUAUGGACAUGUAGUUGUUUGAUUCACGGUCAUUGCCUACAUGGUCAAUGGGAAGAAGCAAGAAGAUAUUUUGAUGAAAUGAUGGAUCGAGGGAUUUCACCAAAUAUAGUAGCCUUUAAUAUAUUAAUAGAUUCACAUUGUCGACUGCAAGAAGCGGUUGAACUGUUUGACUCGAUGGUGGAUAGGGGCCUUGCGCCAAAUGAAAUCACCUACAAUGUGUUAAUUGAUGGUAAGUUAGAUGAAGCUAUGCAAUUAUUCGAGGAAAUGAAACAAAAUGGAGUGAGACCCACUAUAGUUCCUUACACUAUACUAUUAAGGGGACUAUACCGGGUUGGAAGAAUGAAGACUGCGCAAAAGUUUCUUGAUGAGAUGCAAUAUAUUGGUCAGUCUCCAAAUGAAGUCACAUACAGUAGUAUAAUGGAUGGUCUCUGCAAGAAUGGAAAAAUGGAGGAGGCUGACAGGUUGGCAGAUGCAAGGAAACUGUUUGACGAGAUUCCAGAAAAAGGAUUAUUUCCUAAUGUAGUAACGUAUAACACAAUGAUGGGGGGCCUCUUUCGUAACAGGAUGUUCUUGGAGGCUAAUAAAUUAAUCAUUGACAUGGAAGAGAAAGGUUGUUUACCAGAUUCUAUAACAUAUGAUACUAUUAUUAGGGGAUUUCUGGAAGGAAAAGAGACUGAGAAGGCAUUACAGUUUCUUCGAAUGAUGCGUGAAAGAAAAUUUGCACCAAUUGAUUUAGUUGUUCGGGCAUUGCAGGCUGCUGCAGCGAUUAGAGAGGUCGCUAUUACUAUAGGUGGAGUUCUAUCAGAUGGCGAUAACUGA